AUGCACUCGCCGUAUGAGGCUGUUUACGGCUUUGACCGAACACAUAUCCGACGGAUGACUCUGCAGGAGUACAUGAGUGAAAAGGACGCCCCUGCCGCUGGCUCAUCUUCGCGGCGUGACGACGGAUGCCGUCUGUUGAUUUCGCGGGAUCCCAACGUGGAGUUCUGCACGAAGUACCCCGUGCAUGACCGCUUUGGGCGCGAGCUCUGCGUGCUUUACCAGAUUCUGGAGAUGGAGCUGCAGCAGGAGAUUCGCCGAGUGGAGCAGGGGGGCGAUGGGACGCGGAAGUCCGGGGUACGUCUUAGCACUGAGAUAACGCUGGACGACGACUCGGUGGAUGAGCCUUUUAAGCCGCGGCAGCGGGAGGACAGGGGCAGUGCGUACCACCCGACGCCGUUUGUUCACACCGCGCUGGCGGAUGUCAACUGUGGCGAUGGCGGCAGGGAUGAUGAUAACAGCAACGUCGACGUUUCCGCUUCAUCCUACCGGUUCUCCAGCACGACGGCGUUGUCGCCAGGAGGGAAGGGCUUGUGUAAAGGCGUUUGUGACGCACGUGGGUCGAGUUUUUCGAUUUACCGCGAAAGCGGGCUGAACGCCACAGCGGGACUGCUCCAACAACCACAAGGCACGAACCGUCAACAGCUUUUGCAGCAGCAGGGGCUUGGUGUUGCUUCCGAUGGUCAUACUUCUGUUCUCACAACGCGGUUUGGUGUGGGGUGUGCUGCAUUGCAGCCCCCGCCCCCGCAGCGCAGCAACACGGCGUCCCCCCCGCGUGCUGUUGACGGUGGCGGCAAUGAAGAAGAGGAGGAAGAAGAAGGCGGCUGCGGCGGCCUUUGUGUGACAAGAGAGACGCUUGACACGACGUUGGGAAAGGACCCGCUGCGGUUCACAACAACGCGCCCCUCUGAGCUGCGCACAACAAAACAGUUGUUUCUCCCCGGACGAGCAACAGUGACUGUGCGUCGUACCAUCAAGCACUCCAACCCGAUCCCGCGCCAGGCGUACGGCUUACAGAGUGAGUUUAUUUCGGCUGCUCUCGUUGCUCCUCUUGUUGCUGCCAACUUGGAGGCCAUAAGCAGCGCUGGGGAGUUCAGGAACAUUGAUGGGGUGAUACCACAACUGUUUACCGGUGCGACAGUGACACUCGAGAAAUGCCGCUACCGCAUCCACCGUUAUUAUGCUUCCUCCGAUGUGUAUGAGGCUCGUGAAGAGGAAGCAUCUGAUGACUCACCACAGAUCCUGCUGUAUUGUUGGAGUGUUCACGCGGUACAACUGGGGGAAAAUGAGUCUCAUCGUGCGGCACUUGGUUUGUCUCUUGUUGCUGCCUCUGUGAGUGUGAAAGGUUACCGCUACAGAGACGGCGGCUUGACUGUUAUCACCAUGCCGUUGGGCUACUAUGCGGUUCCACUCUCCAUGGUACCCAUUUCAGCUCGUUCUUUCCCCACUUGCAUCAAGCUUCUCUUACGGAUGCUUUCUGAUCUUGUGGUUAAGCGCACUGUUCACGGUGAUUUAAGGGGACUAAAUCGAAUUUUUAUUGCCUUUCGGAGUGGGAACGGUGCACAGGAAAUGCCAUUGACUUUGUUGGUUCCUGUGCAUUGGGAGGGACUAGUAGACUUCAGCAUGUUUGUUGACCGCAACGCAGGUCGCACGAUUCCCAUGGUUUACGACGAAAGUGGCGGUCGGAGAGGAGAACGCGUUUAUCAUGGCCAGGAUGUGUCCAUGGUGAUAACUAUGCUGCUCGAAAACGAACUUGCGGAGCAGCUGCAGCCUGAGCAGCUCACUGAAGUACAGCGUCUCAUGAUAAUGACGACGGAGCCCACGCAGGUGGCGAAUUACCUGAUCCAGUUGAAGAACGGCAUGACGGUCAUUUCAUCCGACAUGGCUUCACUGCGGCAGGAGUACGAGGUGGCACUUCAGUGUCAAUGA